CAAAGAAUAAUUUGCCAAAACACACCUCAUUUAUUAUUACGAGUCAUCGACAACUUCUAACCCAUUUUCUUUUGGGAAGUUCGCCCGUUGGCUGGCACCUUCCCUUCCUCCUUCGCUCCCCCACUGUUCUCUGUUUCUCUUUCUCUCUCCUCGAACGUCAUAAUUUUCUUUCAAUAUUCUCUAGGAUCUGCUACAUUUCUAUCAGUUUCUCAAUAAAUUCAAUUCAAUUUUCCCCAGAUUCGUAAAAACACCACUGGUAAUUCAAAUUUUUCUCAAAACCCACCAAAAUGGCGCCAGUUUCAGCCCUUGCUAAAUACAAACUCGUGUUCUUAGGUGAUCAAUCAGUUGGUAAAACUAGUAUCAUCACUCGUUUCAUGUAUGACAAAUUCGAUAACACAUAUCAGGCUACAAUUGGAAUUGAUUUUCUAUCAAAGACCAUGUAUCUUGAAGAUCGUACUGUACGUUUACAGUUGUGGGAUACUGCUGGACAAGAGAGGUUCAGAAGUCUUAUACCAAGCUACAUAAGGGAUUCUUCUGUGGCGGUUAUUGUAUAUGAUGUUGCAAGUCGACAAUCCUUUCUUAACACAGCUAAAUGGAUCGAAGAAGUCCGUACUGAGAGGGGUAGUGAUGUUAUAAUUGUCCUUGUUGGAAACAAAACCGAUCUUGUGGAUAAGAGGCAAGUGUCUAUAGAGGAAGGAGAAGCUAAAGCUCGGGAUCUCAAUGUUAUGUUUAUCGAAACUAGUGCAAAAGCUGGUUUCAACAUUAAGGCACUGUUUAGGAAAAUUGCUGCUGCGUUACCCGGAAUGGAGACACUGUCGUCGACAAAACAGGAGGACAUGGUUGAUGUAAGUUUGAAGUCGACUUCGAGUGCACCUCAGCAGCAACAGUCUGGUGGAUGUGCUUGCUGAGCCUGCACAUUCUACUUAAUUCUGUGUUCCAUUUUGUACUUUUGGCUUUGGGAUCCAUCUACAAAGAUUUUGCUCUCCCCUUCUAUGAACAAAUUACAGCCAUUAUGUGGUGGUUUUUCUGCUGGAGUUGAAGAUUGUUCUUUGGAAAUUUGAGGGAAACAAGAAUGUAGAAAGUUUUUCAUGAGUUUUUUUGUGAUUUUGUUUGUCUGCACUUCAAAAUAUGUCACUCAGAUGCGAUUAUGACUUGUCAGCUAAUAUUUAGAUCAAUUCACAUUAUGAAAUAUAAAUGUUUUUGGCAU